AGCUUUCAGAAUUUCAGUGCGGCCCGAUCCGAUGGGCUGGGCCAUGGCCAGCCAUGCUUUGGGAUAGGUUCAGGUGGUGCAUAGGGAGGAAGCAGUUCGAUGAGCCUACAGACAGGCUACUCAGCGUCUUUGAGCACAUUCGAACAGAGCUGCCCGAUGACAAGAUCACCAGGCGGCGGCACUGCGCCUCGAGCUGGAGCUUCAACUUCUUGGUGGUCUUUGCGACCGUGGCCAACACCAUCCUGAUCGGACUCGAGAGUGACAACUCCAGAGGUAUCAGGUUGGAGGAUCGGCUUCCGUGGUUCCUCAUAGAGGUGCUCUUCACCUGCAUCUUCUUCGCGGAGAUGCUGCUCAGGGUGAAUCAGUUCAGCUGGGACUAUUUCAUGGAUGCCUGGAAUGUCUUCGACUACUGCUUGGUUGUGUUCAGCGUUGCAGACAUUGAAGUGGUGAGUGUGGCCAAAUCGGAUGGCAGCGGGUUGCGGUGGGCAGCCUCCGCACGUGUCUUUCGUUCCCUACGAGUUGCCCGAGCCAUCCGGGGUGAAAAGCUGGUCAUGGGGCUCUUUAGAAUAACACAAGGGUUUCUUGAUGCCUUGAAGUCAAUGUUGUGGACAUUCGUUGCUGCAUCGAUAUUUGCGUACAUGCUGGCGGUUGCUUUGACGUCCCUGGUUGGAUCGGACACGGCAUCACGUGAGCUUUGGCCAGAGUCAGACCUCUACUGCGGAACUGUGACCAGGUCCUUGUUCACUGUCUUGCAGAUCAUGACCAUGGACUGCGUCUCGGAGACGAUACUGCGACCGAUGUCGGUCUAUGCUCCGCUUGGCCUGAUGGUCGCCUACUUCAGCAUGCUGGUUCUGAGCUUUGGGGUGCUUAACAUUCUCUUUGCCAUCAUGGUCGAUGGUCGUCAUCUCGGCAGAGACCCAGGAGUCGAGAGCAACGGUCAUGGCAAAGUCGGAGCGGCAUUUGAUGACGUUGAUGUUGGAGGAGUUCACCGAAGAAUGCGACUCGGACUACAAUGGCGAGCUGGACUACAAGGAAUUCCGCAAAGUCCUGAGGACUCCGACGAUGUCGAAGAAGCUGAGCUAUCUCGGUGUUGGAGCGGAUGAAGCCGAGAGCUUGUUUGAGCUGAUGGAUAUCGACAAGAGAGCGGAGCUCUCACUCCCAUCGAAUUCCUCAACGGCUUGUUCAAGGUCAAAGGCCAAGCCAAAGGACAGGACUUGUGCCGGCUCAUUACCAUCCUGGAGAAGAAUAAGAGAAUGGCCAAAAAGUGGGUUGCGCGGUUGAGGCAGCUGAAUCAACAGGCCGACGAGAUCCAGCAGCGCAUGAACAUGGCGGGUAAACACUUGGCCACGGAGCUGCGCGGGCUGAAGGAGGCCACGGCGCGUGCAGACCUCACGUGGAGCGCAGCUGCAAAGCGACAGCUGGUCAUCCAGGAGACAUGACGUGAAGAAUCAGGUGAUGUUCCCAACAAUGAGGGACAUGCACGGCAGCCUUGAUGUGGAGGAAAUCUAACCUUUCCUUCGGCAGUGAUGCUGGCCAGUGAAGCAGUGAGUGGCUUUUUUGCAAUGAACCUUGGUGCUGGAAUGGUGCUGCCUUCUCAACGGCACGGGCAGACAUCCAUUUUCCCAUUUGGCCGUGGCUC